GCUCGCGCUAUGGGAACCUCUGCUUCGUCUAUCGCUGCGGAGACGGAAACCGGCCUCCCCGCCACUGCCACCCCUCCCCCGCCGGGCUGGGGCGGCCCCGGCCCCGGCCCCGGGACCCCGCUCUGGGGGACGGGGACGCUGACCGCCGCUCGCGGGGAGAGCGCCCGGAGCCAACAGCUGGUCCCGCGGAGCCGCAGCAGGUAUGCAGAAGCAGGGACGGUCCACUUCAGUUCUAAAGAACGAUCUGUUGCCCUUGUAGGUAGGACUGGUGCCUUUUGCACAGGAAGUACGCCCCAGUCGCCUAGUGCCAUGGCAACAACAAAUGAGUGGCCAUGUACCCGGUGCACUUUCUUGAAUCCCGACAUGCUGAGGCAGUGUUCCAUAUGCGAGGCUCCCCGAGAGAGGCCGGACUUCAAUGACAUCCUUCGGCUUAGCACAGAAGAGCAGCAGUGGGCCUGCACCCGAUGCACUUUCAGGAACUCAAUCAACAAGAGCCAGUGUGAUGUCUGUGGGUAUGCCCAAACCCUUACUCCUGUCACACCUCCUGUUCCCACAACAAAUGGACAACCCAAAAAUCAGCCAGUUGUGGUCGAACACCGAGGUCCUGCUGCACAGAACUGUGGAAAAUCAGCCAAUGGUGACAUCAAUGGCAACUGUUGCAAGAACAGUACACUAGACACUUCCAAAGCUUGGGCCUGCCAACGAUGCACACUCCACAACACGCCAUCAGCCAACUCGUGUUCAGCAUGUGGGGGGCCUCGCAAACUUUCUCUACCUAAGAUCCCACCUGAAGCUCUGGUUGUGCCUGAGGUUGUGACCCCUGCUGGCUUCCAGCUGCCCUCAGGCUCGUCAUCAGUGACACCCCAGCUUGGUAACUCAACCGAACCAAUGGAUGCCGAUGUGUCGCCAAUUCGGGAUGCAGCCACAGAGGCUGAGAGUCCAAGGUCUCCAGUUGUCAGUCCGCUGUCACCAAUGAUCCAGAAUAACCCGGUGCCACGAAGCCGCAGAGAGGUGCCACCAGCUGCCAAAUUCCAGCCGCCGACUACAGACUCGCCAGCCCUAUCUGGCAUUAUGGUCACCACGUCUACCUCCAGCACCUCGGUUCCAGUGGCCCGAGGUUCUCCCCAGGGACAAGUGAAACCCUCCACAAAAUUACAAGAACACUUUUGCACUAAGAGGCUCAGUGUUUUAGAUGAGGAAAUGGAGUCGUCACCCAGUCAGUGGAAGUGUGCAUCUUGCUCUCUCAUCAACUCUGCUGCAUUGUCGAAAUGUGAAGCUUGCAGAACCAUGAAAGUUGGAGACAUCAUAGACCUAACUGGAGAAACUGUGAGGUUCACCCCCUUUAGUCCCUCCAGCCCAGAUUUUACCAUAUGGACUUGUUCAAAGUGCACUCUGAAAAAUCCAACUACCGUCCAAAAAUGCAGUGCCUGUAGUUCCUCCAAACUCCAUGGCUUUCAAGAACAUAGUUACACAGAGCGAGGGCCAAGGUGCCCGGACUGUAACAUGGAGAAGGGCCUGAAUGGGUCUGUGUGCACAACAUGUGGGGGCAGGUCUGCAGGAACACGGAAACCCAUCAAACUCUUCCCUGUCCAGCCACCUUCAUCUCGGGAGAAAUCCAAUGAGUGGUCCUGUCCUGCUUGCACUCUCCUAAAUGACUUAAAGGAUAAGCAUUGUGCAGCCUGCCACACUCCACAGCAAUAUUUCACACUGAGGAAAGGCUCAAAGCCAUUGAAGAGGCGGGAAAGCAUACUUGUGGAAGCACGAAGGAAGACUGAUGAGGGGGAGGCCAAGGAGUUGUGGGAAAAUAUUGUAAAGUUUUGCCAGGAGAACAAUGUGAAUUUUGUGGAUGACAGCUUUCCCCCAGGCCCGCAAUCUGUUGGUUUCCCGGAGGGUGACAGUGUACAACAGAGGGUAAAGCAGUGGCUGCGGCCUCAUGAAAUCAGCUGCAACAGUUUCAAAGAUCGGAAUGUCAAAUGGUCCAUCUUCAGGACCCCACGUCCAUCUGACAUCUCUCAGGGGCUGCUGGGGAAUUGCUGGUUUCUCAGUGCACUUGCUGUGCUUGCUGAGCGGCCUGAGCUGGUGGAGAGGGUCAUGAUCACCCGGACUAUCUGCCACGAAGGAGCCUACCAGGUACGACUGUGCAAGGAUGGGACCUGGAUAACAGUGCUGGUGGAUGAUAUGUUACCGUGUGAUGAAUAUGGCUACCUUCUCUUUUCUCAGGCCCAGAGGAAACAGCUGUGGGUUGCAUUGAUCGAGAAAGCUCUAGCUAAGCUACAUGGCUCCUACUUUGCCCUGCAAGCUGGCCGUGCUAUUGAAGGAUUAGCCACUCUGACAGGUGCCCCUUGUGAGAGCCUGAUGCUCCAAGUCAGUUCAACGAAUCCACGUGAGGAGCCCAUUGAUACUGAUCUCAUUUGGGCCAAAAUGCUGAGCUCAAAGGAAGCCGGGUUUUUGAUGGGUGCUUCCUGUGGAGGUGGAAACAUGAAAGUAGACGACACAACAUACGAAACCAUGGGCCUGAGGCCCCGCCAUGCAUAUUCCAUACUUGAUGUCAGAGAUGUACAAGGUUACAGACUUUUGAGAUUGCGGAACCCAUGGGGCCGCUUUUCGUGGAGUGGGAACUGGUCAGAUGAUUGGCCGCACUGGCCACAACACUUGCGACAUGAGCUGAUGGCACAUGGGAGCAGUGAGGGCGUGUUCUGGAUGGAAUACACCGACUUUAUCAAGUAUUUUGAUUCUGUCGACAUUUGUAAAAUUAAAUCCGAUUGGCAUGAAGUCAGACUUAUGGGGAUGUUUCCAAAUCGGACCAACGGACCAAUAACUGUAACUGCACUGACUGUGCUCGAUCUCACCGUGCUGGAGUUUCAACUGUUUCAGGAAGGAAGCAGACGAUCAGACACGUCAGACAGCCAUUUGCUGGAUCUGUGUAUCAUGGUGUUUCGAGCCUCCUUCUCCAAUGGUAACAAGCUGACCCUGGGCAAACUGAUGGCGCACAGCAAGCGAGCAGUGAAGAAAUUUGUGGGCUGCGAUGUGAUACUGGAGCCGGGAGAGUACGCAGUCGUAUGCUGCGCAUUUAACCACUGGCAAAUGUCAAUGUCUGGCAUACCAUCACCCUCACCAUCACUAUCGCCAGUAACAGGUGUUUCAAGCCCUACCAGCAGUAGCCGAUGUACCCCGGAGUUCCCUGGACAUAUCUUGGCCGUGUACAGCUCCAAACCCGUCAUGGUGGAACAGAUCAACACUCAGCCAACAACACUGGCCGAUGCAGUCAUUCUGCUAACUGAGCACAAAGGGGAGAGGCAUGAGGGUCGUGAGGGGAUGACCUGUUAUUACUUGACCCACGGCUGGGCAGGACUGAUUGUGGUGGUGGAGAAUCGUCACGACAAAUACUACCUGCAUGUGUCGUGUGACUGUUCCGACAGCUUCAAUGUAGUCUCAACUCGCAGUAGCUUGAAAACGACUGACAGCGUGCCACCAUUGCACAGGCAGGUGCUGGUGGUAUUAUCACAGCUGGAGGGAAAUGCCGGUUUCUCCAUCACUCACCGUCUGGCUCAUCGCAAAGCAGCUCAGCCCUCACUGGGGGAAUGGUCCUCCACAAAAGGGACACACAGCCCCCCCCUCACCCCUGAUGUUGCUGGUCUGCACAAUCCACGACCCCUGUGAUGGUUUUGCCUGCUCCUGCACAACCUUUGCCCACUGUGGUUGGAAAUGUGUCGAAUGAUGAGAGCCAUUUAUGAGAGCUCCAAUCCUCUUUAUAGGUUGAAUUUUUUUUUUUAGAGUCGAUGCACUGUUCCUGUUCCUGCUCCUGCUCCCACUCCCAUCAUCAGGAAGGGGGAAAUCUAUCGGCCCUAAUACCCGAGCUAAACAAGAAUAGUUCCAGGCUACAGAUCCUACUCUGAGCUAGUCUAGAAGGAAUGUCUGGUCAGGAUUGAUGACUGGAGGAGAGCGUACAUGGAGCCAAACCCAAAAAGCUGCAGCAAUAGCUUAAAGUGAGCAAUGGACACCUGCCUAUGCAACACAGUCCAGACCCAGUACCCCCAAGCUCUGGUCAUCUCCCCCUGCGCUUGGUAAUCCCUGUGUCCUCAGUUAUAACUCCCCCACUACCACCACCACCACCACCACCCCCCGCACCCCCUCAAUUUGUCUUGUGGCUGGAUCGAGAGCUGAAACCUUACUCAAUUGCUCUACAGUCUGCCAACUCGAAUAUUACAACCUGAUCACCUCCCCAGAGAAUAGCAAAAUAGAGAUGCUGCCUGACCUGCUGAGUAUUUCCUGCAUUUUCUGUUUUUACCUCUCUCCAUAUUUGAUCCACUUUCAGGCUUUCUGCAUUUCCCCCACUGUCAUGUCUCCUGACCCACAAUUACACACAGAUCUAGUGCAGCAAAUAUAUUCGGUCUGUACCCUGGUGACUUUUUAUCUUUUACUUGAAAACAAUGGGUCAGGGAUUGGGGAGUGAGGGGGGUUAGUUAGCCUAGGGCAGAGAUUGGGGAGGGGGUCAAUGAGCCAGGGUCAGGAACAUGCAGCUAAACUUGAUCUCUCCUCAGGUUAUUAGACUGAUUCAGGUUAAUUGUUCGUAAUCUAAAAGCACCGUUUUGGUGCUUUGCUGGAAUUUUGAGGUUACUGUAAACCUGUUAUCCUGAACAAUGUCACAU